AUGGCCUCUGUCCCUGGUAGCAGUAACACUUCUAGCAACCGUCCGGAGCGCUACAGGGUAGCGAUACCAGAGGACCAACUCAAUGAUUUAAAGUCCAGGUUGGCAAGGACAAAACUUCCGGAUGAACUAGAGGGCUCAGGGUGGAAUUAUGGAGUGCCUCUGAGUGACAUACGCCGACUGAUUGAGUACUGGAAAAAUGUUUUCGACUGGAGAAUCCAGGAGCAAAAACUAAACCUCCAGCCGCACUUCCACGCUCCUAUCACCGUAGAUGGAGGCCAUGGAACUCUGGACAUACACUUUACUCACUGGAGGUGUCAGUCUGAACGAGCAAUACCUCUUCUGUUUAUUCAUGGAUGGCCCGGUCAUUUUUCGGAGAGUUCCAAGAUGUGUCCACUUCUAACUGACUCAAGUCGACCCGGACCCAAAUUUCAUGUUGUAUCUCCUUCACUGCCCAACUUUGGAUUCUCCCAAGCAGUUAGCACUCCAGGAUUUGGAAUUAAACAAUAUGCAGAGAUCUGUCAUAAGUUGAUGAAGAAUCUCGGUUAUCAUUCAUAUGUGACUCAAGGUGGAGACUGGGGCUUCACUAUAUCUCGGGCCAUUGGAAUGCUAUACCCUGAAUCUUGUCGAGCCUCACAUAUUAACAUGGUACCGGCUAAACCACCAACACUUCUCUCGAACCCGUGGAAGUAUAUCAAAACUUUAACCACCCCUCUAUCCAGAGCCGAUAAAAAUCGUAUAUCCCGCCAUCAACAAUUUCUGGAGACAGGAACAGGGUAUAGCGUGUUACAGUCAACGAAGCCGCAAACUCUUGCAUAUGCUCUGGCCGAUAGCCCUGUUGCUUUGACUGCCUGGAUCUGGGAGAAGCUUCACGACUGGUCCGACAAUUACCCUUGGACAGACGACGAGAUUUUGACCUGGGUGUCUAUUUACUGGUUUUCUACGGCAGGUCCAGGUGCCAGUUUAAGGAUAUAUUUUGAGUUUAACUCUGCUCGAGAUCCUUCUCUAUCUGAGGGCUAUUUCUCUGGCUGGGUUCCAGAAGUUAAAUAUGGGGUUGCUCAUAUGCCCGGAGAGAUUGUCGAUGCUCCUAGUCUAUGGACACAAACUCUGGGAGAUGUAAUCUAUGAAAGUGAAGCUGAAUAUGGAGGCCACUUUGCAGCAUGGGAGAACCCCGAGUUCAUUGCCGAGGAUGUGAAGAAUAUGUUUAAGGGUCUGAAAGAGAGCAUAUAUAGCUGA